CUCCCAGGUUGGCGUAAUCGUUCAAAAGUUGAUGAUUGUGGAAUUCGGUUCAGUUGGAAUGCGGACUGACUUCAAGAAUUCUGAAUUCAGAAUUUUUCUUUAAUGUUCAACGUGUAAAAAAACUCAAGAAGUUCAUUUAAUUCAUUGUUUUAUUAAAUUGAAAUAUCAGUUCAACUCGCUAUUCAUUGAAACUUGAAAGCAGGCAUUACCAACUCAACGUGAUACGAUUUAACAGUGCAUGAUGGCGGCCGUCAGCGUCGUUAAUUCACUGCCGAAAGUUUUGAUACCGCCGGCGACCGAACGUUGUCAGCUUUCCCGGCAAGAUGAGCUUAAAUAUGUAGCAUUCCAUUUUACCGACUAUUUGGUCCGUAACAAACACAUACGGAAGCCGGCCGUGAUCUCGAAAAACAAGUUGAUUGAAUUGUACAUAAAUUAUCAACCAUCGUAUCCGAGUCAUAUAAAAAGUUCUGAAAUUAUCGAAGCUUUGCGUGAAGCGAAGUUAUUAAAAAGAAGAAGGGUAGCUGCCGGAGGAGAUAACAACAAUAUUGAAUUCAAAGAUCAAAUCUUCCAUAGCGAAAAUCAAAGUUCUUCUGCUGAAAACAAAGAAGAAGUAAUGAAGCCUCGGUUUCGUAUUCUGACAAAUCAGAACUAUACGUUCAAGAAUAAACUUUCCAAAGAUCCUGAACUAGUCGGUUUAGAGUGUUUACUAUGCAGAACAAAAUUUGAUAAUCAAACCGCUCUCAUGGAACAUUGCAGUACUCGAUCUCAUUUUCUGAAAAAAACUUAUCGCGAUAACAGGACGUCGUUUUUGAAACGAGUCGAUGAUUUAGAAGUCGAAAAUGCGCGAGAAUAUAAUUUCACAAUACAUCAAGAAAGCAGAGCGCAGAUUGUGUUUCGCAACGUCGCUGAAAAAGAGCUAGAAAUCAAAUUCCAUAGCAUCGAAAGUUUAGUAGACAUUCCGUUCUUGACGAUCUUACACGAUGCUCCAUUAUCCAUUAAAAAUGGCGAAAGUUUUGUUGUGACGUUGAAAGCUUGUUUCAACAUGUACGAUGCAAAGAAAUAUCCUAUGGUCGUUGAAAUAUCGUUAGACGACGGCGGUCAGUUCAUCGAUCUGUUGUUAGAACCGAAAUAUGUCGUAUUGGAUGAAGAACUUCGUUGUUUGGAAUCAACAGGGCCUUACGAACCGAUGGCUAGAAAUUACGAGCCUGUUUACGAUCUUCCGGUCAUUUCGGGUAUUCCUGUUCCGAGACCCAAAGGUGAAAUGAUGGUUAGUAAAACUGCGUUAAUAGCGCAUGAAAUUCCUACACCGCUUCGUAAAUUAUUGAACCACGGAUUCAAGAAAUUUUCCGGCAUGUCUUCAAUGGAUGAAAAGAAAUUACAAGAAGUCAGGAAUUUGUUAUGUAACGAUGAUCAAACUCAAGUAUUGCAUAACACUUGUGCGUUGACCACUCAAAAUUACGUUAGUCGAUUCCGUCAUUUGAUGUGGAUAGAAGAACAUCAAAUGGAGAAAGAUAUUCAUGGGUAUAAUCUAAAAGAAGUUCAAAUGACGCAGGAAAAAAUAAGAUUAGGAUUUCUCGGACUCGAGGUUCCAGGACUCUUGGAAGGACGGCCUUCGAUCAUUCGAGGAGAUUCUGUUUUUAUUCGAAAGCAAAAUGAUAAUGUGAAGUACGAAGGAGUUGUUCAUCUGGUGGAACAAAGUAAAUUAUACGUGUCGCCGAAUAGAACUUUUCUGGACAAAUACCAUGGCGAAAAAGUUGACGUAGAGUUCUCUUUCGGUCGAUAUUGUUUGAAAAUAUGUCAUCGUGCGUUGGAUCAAAUUUUCAAAAGAAACAUUAGCAAGGUUUUGUUUCCUUCAAAAUUUGGUACGAAGAAAGAGACACCCGAAGUAGCUCUGAGGCCUUUUUUUAAUCAACAAAUCAAGAAUAACGACCAGCAAAAACAAGCUGUGAUAAAUAUCGUGAAUAAUACCGCAUUUCCAGCACCUUACGUAAUUUACGGUCCUCCUGGCACCGGUAAAACUGCCACUAUGGUGGAAUCAGUUAUGCAAAUCUGGAGUUUAUUCCCGUCGAAAAAGAUAUGCGUCUGUGCGCCGUCGAAUUGGGCUGCUGAUGUUUUAGCCGAACGUUUAUUGCAAUCAAUUCCACCUUCGAAUGUACUUCGUUUAUAUAGCCCGAACAGAGUAGACGUUCCGGAAAAUCUGCGGAACUGCAGUAAUUACGAUACUCAUGGUAAAGAGCUGUAUCUGCCUCCGGAGGCAACCAUACGAAAUAAGAAAGUCGUUAUAAUGACUCCGAUCAUGGCUGGAAGAUUGAUCAGUGCUGGAUUUACCGGUGGUCAUUUCGAUUAUUUGUUUGUUGACGAAGCUGGACACGCCAUUGAGAUGGAGAUGAUCGUACCGCUUAUUGGUUUGUUGACCAACGAAAAAGAUACUGAGCUUGUUGGAAGUCUUGUGUUAGCUGGUGAUCCUAAACAGCUUGGUCCGAUCGUCAGGUCAUCGUUGGCUAUUAAUUUAGGAUUUGGAAUGUCGUUUUUGGAAAGAUUAGUGAUUUAUAAUCAAUUGUACCAAAAAGACGAGCAUUUGAAAGGAUACAAUCCUGACGUUAUGGUCAAAUUAAUCAAAAACUACCGAUCGCAUUCUGUCAUCUUAAAAGUGCCGAAUGAUUUAUUCUACGAUGGUCAACUGCUUACUGAAGGACCAGUGGAUAAGAUUACUUGCGCUUGUCGUUGGGAAGAAUUACCGACGAGAAACUUCCCCAUGAUAUUCCAUGGAGUCAAAGGUUUGGAAGACAGAGAGAGAAACUCUCCUAGUUAUUUCAACCGACUUGAAAUCCAAAUCGUGACCAAUUACGUCGAAAAAUUAAUGACUACGAGAUUGAGCGGUCUUAAAGUUACCGAAAAAGAUAUCGGUAUUAUUGCUCCGUACAGGAAACAAGUACAAAAGAUACGCCAGUUUUUGAAUAAUAAAAGGUAUCCGAAUAUAGACGUUGCUUCGGUCGAAGAAUUCCAAGGUCAAGAGAAAUUGAUCAUCAUUAUUUCUACUGUUCGAUCGAGAUUCGAAUACGUUGCUUCGGAUUAUCAAUUCGGUUUAGGAUUUUUGAGAAGUGAGAAGCGCUUCAACGUAGCGGUUACGAGAGCAAAAGCAUUGCUCAUUAUCAUCGGUAAUCCUGAUGUUUUGCAAUGUGACCCGAGAUGGCGCACAUUGAUGGAAUAUUGUAGCGCGAAUAAUUCCUACAGAGGUGACAAACCUGCGGAUAAAAUCGAAGACGAUUUUGACGUGAAUAAGAAAUUAAAAAUGGAUCUGAGUUCUUUGGUAAAGAAUGCCGAUGAUUGUCCGAUAGAUGAAAAACCUGGUUUCUUCAGAGAUGAAUAAUUAUUGACGAAAGGGUUCCAAUCGUAAUUCUCAAUACAAAUUUAUAACACGUUAUGGUACACAUCGAGUCUUAAUUUUUUUAUAUUUUUUUAUGUUAUUUUAUGGAAUUUGUUCGAAUUCAUCUUCCAUUUUUUUUUUACGUUUGAUUAUUUCUAUAAAAAGAAUUAGAAAUUACGGAGAUAUUUUUAAAGAUUUAUUUUACUAUUGUUACCGUCAUGAAGAGAUGUGAUGAGUUUAGUUUUAUCGUCUAUUAUACCAUUGAACUAUCGUUUCCAUGAUAUAUUACCGUAAUUUUUAGGUUUUCUCACGGUCUCGUUUUAAUGUUUUAAAACGAUUCAUGAUUACGAAGAUGAUAUUUUUAUUCGUUCAAGUUAGUUAUUGUUAUUAUUGACUAUUUUCGGUCUUGUUUUGUUAGUUUUUUUUCUCAUUUUUUUGGAAACUUAUAAGACUUCAUGUGUUUCAUUCUAGUGUUCAUUUAGAUUUUAACUAUAUUAUUUUUUUUUUAUGAAGAAUUGCCAUAUGUUUUUAUAUUUUAUGGUUAAGUUUUUCUUUUGCUAUUUUUUCACUCUUUAUAAUAUGAUUGAAGUACAUAGAAUUUAUUUGAGUUGAA